GGAUGUUGUGUUUGUAAUGUAGUGCAGGAAAUGUUCAGGUGUAAGUGAAUCUCUGUUUUGCAACAUGGCUGAUCGCAUACAUUUAUCUGAAUAUGUUUGGUUGAAGCCAACAACCAACAAUGAAUUUGAUGUUCCAUUUGCUGUAAAAGUGUUGAACAGCUCCGGAAAUAGGAUACAAGUGAGAGAUGACAACGGGGAAGUGUUUUCUACGGAUGUUACCAACGUCAUUAAACCAUUGCAUGCCACUUCCGUUACUACUGUGGAAGACAUGAUAACUCUGGGAGAAUUGCAAGAAUACACAAUCCUACGUAAUCUUAAUAUUCGAUACAAUCAACAGCUAAUAUAUACUUACACUGGAACAAUGUUGAUAGCAAUAAAUCCAUAUGAAAUUCUACCGAUCUAUACGAUGGACCAAAUUCAUUUCUAUCAAGGCAGUAACAUAGGAGACAUUCCCCCACACAUUUUUGCGAUAGGAAAUGAUUCCUACCGAGAAUUGCUGAAGUCAGGAUCAAAUCAAUGCGUCGUAAUAAGUGGAGAGAGCGGCGCUGGAAAAACUGAAAGCACUAAACUAUUGUUGCAAUACCUAGCGGCGGCCAGCGGCAAGCACUCCUGGAUAGAGCAGCAGAUCCAAGAAACUAAUCCAAUCCUGGAAGCUUUUGGGAAUGCCAAAACGGUCAAAAACGACAACUCAUCCCGAUUCGGAAAAUACAUAAAUAUUUAUUUUAACACUAAAGGCGUCAUAGAAGGCGGCAACAUCGAUCAGUACCUUUUGGAGAAAUCUCGUAUCGUCAGACAGAGCAACGGCGAGCGAAACUACCAUAUAUUUUAUUCACUCGUAAAUGGUUUAUCAGCGGAUGAAAAGAAGAAGUUGGAACUCUCGCGACCGGCCGAUUACGAGUACCUCAACUCCGGAAGAAUGCUCACAUGCGACGGUAGAAACGACGCUCUCGAGUUUUCGGAUAUAAGGUCGGCCUUCAAGGUACUGAAUUUUUCUGACGACGACGUUUGGGGAAUGUUCAGCCUCCUAGCUGCGAUACUGCACUUGGGUAACAUGAAAUUUAAAGCUGUCAAUGUUAAUAACAUGGAGACAUCGGAAAUUACCGAUGCGAACAAUGCCACCAGGAUUGCCAAUAUCCUCGGAGUUAACAGAAGCAAGCUCUGCGAUUCCCUGACCAAGAAAACUCUCGUCGCUCAGGGAGAAAAAAUCGUUUCGAACAUCUCCGUAUUCGCCGCGGUCGAAGGCAGGGACGCUCUAGUGAAAGCGAUAUACGGCCAUAUAUUCGAGUUUAUUGUGGAUGUAAUAAAUAAAACAUUAAACAAGGGAAGUCCACUCUCCAGUGGCUCAGUUGGAAUUUUGGAUAUUUUCGGUUUUGAGAACUUCGAAUUGAACAGUUUCGAGCAGCUGUGCAUAAACUAUGCGAAUGAAAACUUGCAGCAGUUCUUUGUGAGGCAUAUUUUUAAGCUGGAACAGGAGCAGUAUGAAAAGGAGGGUAUAUCUUGGACGAAUAUAAACUAUGUGGACAAUCAAGAUAACCUUGAUUUGAUAGGACAGAAGUCCAUGAAUUUGCUUUCUCUAAUCGACGAAGAAUCCAGAUUUCCGAAGGGCACAGACCUGACGUUGCUAUCGAAACUGAACAGUAAUCACAACAAUAAAAGCUGCUACUUGACACCAAAGUCUACGCACGAUCAUCGCUUUGGUAUAAAGCAUUUCGCUGGAGAUGUUCUGUACAACGUUAAGGGUUUCCUGGACAAAAAUAGAGACAUGCUUACGAUGGAUAUAAAGGAAAUGAUAAUGGAUUCCAGCAACGAGUUUUUAAAGAGCAUAUUCCCGUUGGAAGCAGUCACGCCGCAUAGCGGAAGUCGCAAAGUUGUCUCCCUCAGCCACCAGUUUAAAACUUCUUUAGAAUCUUUGAUGAAGACUUUAUACGCUUGUCAUCCAUUCUUUAUUCGAUGUAUUAAACCGAAUGAAUUUAAGAAGCCACGGCUAUUCGAUCGGGCGUUAUGCGUUCGUCAGCUGCGUUACGCUGGACUAAUGGAAACUGCUAAAAUAAGACAAGCCGGGUAUCCCAUUCGAUACACCUACUUUGAAUUCGUAAUGCGCUAUCGAUUGGUAGUCCCAGGUAUACCGCCACCUGAAAAAACUGACUGCAAAAGUGCCUCCGAAACUAUCUGCACCGCAGUGUUAAAAGAUCAGGAGUUCAGACUCGGUCAUACCAAAGUAUUUCUUAAGGAUCACCACGAUGCGGUGCUGGAAGAGUUACGUCAUAAAGUGCUGAUAAAGGCGGUAGUGUAUGUGCAGGCGAACGUCAGACGAUUUAUCGCUAGAAUAAGAUAUUUGCGGCUGAAGGAAGCGGCUAUCGUCACACAGAAACACUUCCGAGGCCGAGGUUACAGAAAAAGAUUCCUCGCGAUGCGAAGAGGGUACCUGCGAUUACAAGCUGUCAUUAAAUCGAGGGAGCUGAAAAGGACUUUCCUGCACCUCAGGAAUUUCUUCACAAAAUUACAAGCCCAAAGCAAAGGCUACCUAAUACGAAAGCUGAUUAAAGACAAGGGCCCAAUAAUCAGAGCGAAGUUGGAGAUGCUUAAGAAGGAAAAACGGGCAUCCAGAGAUGACAUUAAAACUGCUGAGGACUCGUACGAGAAAAAAUAUACGGAGCUAAUGGCUUCCAUAUGGAUUGUGAAAGAUGUGUGCGCAGAUAAUGAUAACCAAAUAGGUGUAAUAGAGGACAAAUAUGUCGACGAUGUUUUUGGCUUUUUGAAGGAUUCGUCUACGCCUGCUGGUACGGUUAGAGGUACCGGUUUUGGAGUGACUUCGACCGCUAAGACACCGGUGUCUAAAAUAAUACCGUUACGACAAGAAGAAGAGGAGGAGUCAUUUGACGAAUUUAAUUUUAAAAAAUUUGCAGCUACCUACUUUUUAGGGAAUACGAGCCAUCAAUACUCUAGAAAACACCUCAGACACUCGUUACUAGACCUUCCCUCGCCGAUCGACAAAAUGGCGUCCCAGGCUCUGUGGAUCACUAUACUCAGGUUUAUGGGAGACCUCUCGGAGCCGAAAUACAGCGAUGACAAAAUCGACAACGUGCCGGUCAUGACCAAACUCUAUGACACUCUAGGACGCGCCUUCCAGAAAAGCAAAGAAUUUGAAAAUCUCCUACCAAACGAGACUUAUGAUGGGUACGACAAAAAAAGCAAAAUGAUUCAGAAGACGCUGAAGCGACACACCAAACUGAACGAAGAUUUUCUAAAGAAUUUAGUCAACGACGAAUUAACUAACGAAAUGUAUAAUAACUGGCUAAAUGCCCGACGCAGUUCCAAUUUAGAAAAGCUUCACUUUAUCAUUGGACAUGGAAUAAUUCGCAAGGAAUUAAGGGACGAAAUAUAUUGCCAAUUGUGUAAACAACUCACUAACAAUCCUUCAAAGGCAUCAUACGCGCGUGGCUGGAUCCUUCUAUCUCUGUGCGUGGGUUGUUUCCCGCCAUCCGAACGUUUCGUUAAAUAUCUCAGAUCGUUCAUCAGAGACGGUCCGCCAGGGUAUGCCCCGUACUGCGAAGGGAGGUUAGUGCGAACCUUCAAAAAUGGACCUCGAACGCAACCGCCGAGUUGGCUGGAAUUACAAGCGACGAAGACCAAGAAACCUAUCCUACUCACGAUCACACUCAUGGACGAAUCCCUGAAAACGACUCAGUCUGAUUCGGCCACGACCGCCGAGGAGAUUUGCCAACAGAUCGCCGAUAAUAUAAAUCUCACCGACACUUUUGGAUUUUCGCUGUACAUCACGCUAUACGACAAAGUCCUGUCCUUGGGCAGCGAGGGUGAACACAUCAUGGACGCGAUAUCGCAAUGCGAGCAGUUCGCGAGAGAGCAGGGCACGCAGGAAAAGAACGCUCCUUGGAGAUUAUUCUACAGAAAAGAAGUUUUCACGCCGUGGCAUAAUCCGAUGGACGACCCCGUCGCUACGAAUCUAAUAUUCCAUCAGGUCGUUAAGGGCGUGAAGUUCGGAGAGUACAGGUGUAGCUCCGAAAAGGAUUUGGCGAUAAUUGCAGCGCAGCAACAUUAUAUAGAGUAUGGAAACCGCAUCGAUCCUAAUAUACUGAGAAAAGUUAUAGUCAAUUACAUACCGAAUCAAUUCAUACAGUCCAACGAUGCGGCGCUGACAAAAUGGGAGCAUCUCGUCACGAAAGCUUUCGAAUCAUCGAAAAAUAUACAGUCGUCGAUCGAUCCUCUGCGAUGUAAGGAGGAUAUAGUGAUAUUCGCUAAGAUCAAGUGGCCGAUGUUGUUCUCGAGGUUCUUCGAAGUGGUCAAAUUAAAAGGGGAAGCUAUCAACAAGGAGCUCGUCAUAAUAGCGGUCAAUUGGACAGGAAUUUAUAUAGUGGACCAGUCGGAGCUGAUACUACUGGAGAUAUCAUACCCCGAAGUCACCUACGUCGCCUACGAGGAGGACACGGAGUAUGAAAACUUAGGACGUAUAACGAUAAGAACUAUACAGCAGGAGGAAUUCGUUUUUCAGAGCGUGGAUGCGCGCGAGAUGAGUUCCCUCGUAAUAUAUCUGAUAGACGGUCUGAAGAGGCGGUCGAUUUAUGCCAUAGCCCAAAGUGACUCCGAAGGUUACAGCGACGCCGCGUCCUUCUUGAAUUACAAGAAAGGGGAUCUCAUUACACUCCUUCAGGACGCUACCGGAGAGACGCUGAUGAACGCGACCUGGGGCCACGGCGAGUGUAACCACCAGGAGGGCCUCUUCCCCACCGAGCAAGUUUAUAUUUUACCGACGCUGACGAUGCCGCAUAGCGCCAUUUUAGAGGUGUUCAAAAAAGGAGACAUUAACAACCAGAAGAAAUCGCAUUCCAAGUAUAAUACCAUACAGAGAAAGAAAAUGCAUACCUUAGAAAAUUUCGCCAAGGAGCAUUUCCGAGAGAACUACGAUAUAAACGCGACAGUUUCCAGACACGCGACUCUCAACACAGCUAAAAAAUCUGUUCUCGGCGACUUGUGGGCGCAUACUCGUGAGCCUAUUCGAAAGCCUCUGCUGAAGAAGCUUUUGGAUGACGAGAGACUGUGUAAAUCGUCAGUAGCGAUAUUUUAUGCCAUUCUGAGGUACAUGGGGGAUAUGCCCACUCCUAAAGUUCGGUCUGCGACGGAAUUCACGGACGAAAUAUUCAGACCGGCCCUAGCGGACUCCGUGUUGCGGGACGAGGUGUACUGCCAAAUCAUGAAGCAACUGACGAACAAUCGUAUACAGUUGAGCGAGGAGCGGGGAUGGGAGCUGAUGUGGCUCGCCACGGGGGUGUUCGCUUGUGGGCAGCUACUGAUUAAGGAGUUAGUCGAGUUUUUAAAGACGAGACCGCAUCCGAUCGCCAAAGACUGCCUGAAACGCGUGUUCAAAAUACAAAGAGGCGGUUCGAGAAUGUAUGCGCCGUACGUAGUCGAAGUGGAGGCUAUUCAACAUCGAAGCAUGCAGAUCUACCACAAAGUUUACUUCCCCGAUGACACCGAUGAAGCGUUCGAGGUCGAUUCCUCUACGAAGGCGCGAGAUCUCUGCGAACAGAUAACCGGCCGGUUGAAUUUGAAAAACAGCGACGGUUUUAGUCUCUUCGUGAAAAUAGUCGACAAAGUAUUUUCCGUUCCCGAGUCGUACUAUUUCUUCGAUUUCAUACACGAGCUGGUAGAAUGGAUGAAACAAACCCGACCCGUGCGAGGAGGAAACCAGUUACAAAUGAAUUAUCAAAUAUUCUUUAUGAAGAAGCUAUGGAUUAACACGGUUCCCGGAAGAGAUAAAAAUGCCGACCAAAUAUUUUAUUACCCCCAAGAAUUACCAAAAUAUUUGCGUGGCUAUCACAAAACGUCUAAGCAAGACCUAGCGGAGCUAGCAUCGAUUAUAUUUAGAGCGAGAUAUGGCAACGAUCAGUCGCUCCUGCCGCAGAUUUCGCAUAUGCUGAACGAUCUUCUACCUCCGGAUAUGAUAAAAAUACAAAGUAGUUCUCAAUGGAAGUCGUCUAUCAGUAGUGCUUAUUUACGCCAAGGGACAAUGAGCGAGGAAGACGCGAAAGAACUUUUUCUUAAGAAAGUUUAUCAGUUCCCCACAUUCGGUACAGCAUUCUUUGAAGUGAAACAAACCUCUGACCCCUCGUAUCCAGAAAUGGUAGUUAUUGGGAUCAAUAAAAAUGGAGUUAGUGUUAUACAUCCUCAAAGUCGGGAUAUUCUGGUCACCUAUCCAUUCUCACAGCUAUCCAAUUGGUCAUCUGGCAAUACAUUCUUCCACAUGACGAUGGGCAAUUUCUUCCGAGGGACCAAAAUUCUUUGUGAAACGUCUUUAGGUUACAAGAUGGAUGAUCUUAUUUCCUCCUACAUUGCAGUGUUACGGCAAGCGUUGAAAAAGGAGCAACGGUCUUAAGGCAGAGAGUGUUUUAUGAACAAGGCUGUGUUUCCACCAGAGAUGUGUUGCGAGGAAUGUGUUUUUGAGAACCAAUAAAAUAGCUUCAUUGACGAUAGCUUAAGCCAUGACAUCGCUCAGCGCGGCGAUGCUAUUGGAUCUUAAAAACAC